ACAAGAUUCAUUUUACUAAAAACACGUCCUUUUACUUUAGUACAUGAGAGCUGCGAUAAACAAAGCAAAUACGCUUCGAGGUUUGGUUACAUUCGGGUUGAUCAGAAACAUCACAUCCAUGUCUUCUUCUUCUUCCCAAAGUUUCGUGUCAAGAUCUGUAAUCAAGAAAGUCUUCGCCAAGCUUCAGAGAGAAGGCGAUGGAGCCGUCGUUAGACGUGGCAUUUCCAGGAGUGAGCAGAUGCUGUUGGAUCCUUUCUUGAUGCUAGAUGAAUUCUCCGUUUCACCUCCAGCUGGAUUCCCAGAUCAUCCUCACAGAGGUUUUGAAACUGUUACAUACGUACUAGAGGGAGGGAUUACUCAUCAAGAUUUCAAAGGCCAUAAGGGUACAAUAUAUGCCGGUGAUGUUCAGUGGAUGACUGCAGGAAGAGGAAUCAUUCACUCUGAAAUGCCUGAAGAAGAAGUUAACAAAGGUUUACAGCUUUGGAUCAAUCUUUCCUCCUCCGAGAAAAUGAUAGAGCCAAAUUAUCAAGAACUGUCGAGUUCAGACAUACCAAAGGCAGAACAAAACGGUGUCGAAGUCAAAGUCAUAGCAGGAGAAUCAAUGGGUAUUCAAUCUCCUGUUUACACAAGAACACCAACAAUGUUCCUCGACUUCAUUCUCCAUCCAGGAGCUCAGUUCCACCAGAACGUUCCGGAAUCUUGGAACGCGUUUGCUUACGUUCUAGAAAGCGGAGAAGGCGGAGCUGUUUUCGGCUCAUCAAACUCCUCUCCUGUUUCAGCGCACAACGUUGUGGUGUUUGGACAAGGAAAUGACGGUGUUAGCGAGUGGAACAAGUCAUCUUCCAAGAAGUUGCGGUUUGUAUUAAUUGCUGGAGAACCGAUAGGUGAACCGGUGGUUCAGUACGGUCCGUUUGUGAUGAAUACACAAGCUGAGAUUGAUAUGACGAUUGAAGAUUAUCACUACAGUAAGAAUGGCUUUGAAAUGGCAAAGUAUUGGAAGUCACAAUGAGACAGAGACAAAUAAUGAUCAUUGUUUUUAUCAUUUUCGUACUUGUGUUUAUCUUAUGUGUGAUUUGAACUGAAAUAAUAAUAAUAACAAACAAACAUAAACA